AUGUUUAAAACCGAACGUUCCCUAUUUCCCUCAUUAGACAGCAAACUUGUUGAUAUCUGCAAACAACUCGGGAAUAAUGAAGAGCAUUUUAAACAACUUAUAAAUUAUUUAAUGGAUGAAAAUAAAGAAGAAAAAAAUUUAAAAAAUAAAAAUUUUUCAAAAAAUCUUUCCUCUUCCCCCUCACUCAUUCAAUGCGCUCUUUUUGCAAUUUACCAAUCUUUGUGGAUCUUUCUGUCAGAAAUUUGCAAUUUUAAAAUUAAAUCUGCCCCAAUUAUAUUUUUUGGACACAGUUUUGGGGAACUUUCUGCACUCUGUGCCGCUGGGGCAUUUAAUAAAAAUGAUGGAAUGAAAUUAUUGUGGAAAAGGGGAGAGUUGAUAGAAAGGACGGAGCCUGCAAAAAUGGUGAUGAUAAAACAGGAAAAAAGUCAAAAUCGAAAUUUGGUGAGGAAAUUAUUAAAUAUUCAUUUUUACCCUCCAUCUACAGAAAAUAAAAAGCUUAAAAAGAUUAGCAAAGGAGUAACGACUUUAAUCUAG